UGUGUGCAUGACAGUUCUUCUUCAGGCUGUUUGCUGACUGUGAGAAGGAUCCACCUCAGCUUGACUACACUCAGAUGUUGCUAUAUUUUGCCUGCCACCCAGACACUUUAGAAGGAGUCUACAGGGCCCUCAGUGUGGCUGUGGGGACUCACAUCUUCCGGCAGGUUGAAACUCCGAUGCUGACUGCAGAAAAGACCUCCAUCUCCACUGUGAGUCCCAUUGAAGAAUUCCCUGAGACUGAGGAAAGUAGUGCUAAAGAGGAGCGGGAACUGAAGGAGGAGAAGGAGGAGAGGGACCAAAAGGAAGAAGAAAUCCCCGAAAAUGCAAACACUGAAAAGAUUUCCAUGGAAACACUACUCAAAGUGUUUGGAGGAGGAAAUGAAGUACUGGAUGCUAACAGAUUUGCCAGCUACCUAAAGACAGAGAAUAUUUAUGCAGAGAAUCUCAUCAAGACUUUUCAGGACCUGGGUGCCAAGAACCUGGAGCCAAUUGAAGUUAAUAUUCUCUUGAAGCAUCCUUACAUUCAGGACCUGAUUGCAAAUUAUGUAGACUAUAAAUUUCCUGACAUUAAAAUGAUUCUUCAAAGGAGUGAGCAUGCACAGGGCAGUGAUGGAGAAAGGUCACCCUCAAGACUUACAGAUGAAAAGAAGUGAAAGCAGCGG